UAAAGAAAACAACACAUGUUUUCCUUUGAUGGAACAGCUGACAGCAGCAGUAGAAGUCCGAGCCUGAUCGCCAGGCUGUGUAAUCGAUCCCCGAUAAGCCGGCAGGUUCCCAGCAGUCAGGCUGCUGAAACAACGCAGCAGGUUAAACGGGUCUGGAUCGGAGUCAGGCUGACAGGCAGCUCCGGAAGUCCGGCAGUAGUUGUUUAGUUUUCUGGGUCGUUUUCAGCGGAACCAGCCGGGAACAUGGCGGACACAGAAGAAAUGUUCCUCCGAGCCAAACAUCGGACUUUCAGCGGACUGACUGAAGAGGCGGAGCGGCAGUGGACCGGGCCGUUCUGCUUCGUCCAGGCUGCGGACCCCCAGCUGGGCCUGAUGAAGGCGUGGCGGAUCGGCGACGCGGUGGGCGGCGGGGACGAGUGGGAGGAGGAAGUGGCGCUCACCAAGCAGGCGGUGGCGGGGGUCAACCAGCUGCGGCCCCGACCCCGCUUCAUGGUGCUGUGUGGGGACCUGGUCCACGCCAUGCCGGGAACCGAAUUCAGAGAAGCCCAGGAGCGGGACCUGAAGGAGGCCCUGAGGGAGACGGACCCGUCCAUCCCACUCGUGUUCGUCAGCGGGAACCACGACCUGGACCAGGUACCGACUCCCAGCACGGUGGAGCAGUACUGCCGGGCCUGGGGCGACGACUACUUCAGCUUCUGGGUGGGCGGCGUUCUCUGCCUGGUCCUGAACUCCCAGCUGUACUUCAACGCCUCGGCCUGCCCCCAGCAGAAGGAGGCUCAGGAGACGUGGCUGGAGGCGCAGCUGAGCAGGGCCUCCUCUGCGGAACCCAAACCCAAACAUAUCUUGGUUUUCCAGCACAUUCCUCUGUACGUGAAGAGUCACGAUGAACAGGACGAGUAUUUCAACCUGCCGCAGGAAGCGAGGCAGAACCUGAUGGAGCGUUUCAAACGGGCAGGCGUGACGGCCGUCUUCUCGGGUCAUUACCACCGGAACGCUGGCGGCUGCCACGACGGCCUGGACAUGGUGGUGACCUCGGCCAUCGGCUGCCAGCUGGGCGACGACACCCACGGCGUGCGGCUGGUGGCGGUGACGGCCAACGCCGUGGUGCACCGCUACUACAGCCUGGAGCAACUGGGGCAGCGCGGCGUGGACGAGGAGCUCAGGAAGAUGUUGCAGGCCUGCUGACUUCCUGUCUGCUGACUUCCUGUCUGCUUCCAGGAAAAACUAAAACCAAAACUAAACCACUCCCAGCCUCUGACACUAAUACUUUAUUUUAGGAACCUUUAAAUCAUCUUCAUGUUAUCGUUGAACUGUUAGUCACAAAACCUUGGAGGCGGUGCGUCACCAAUAAUCUUCCUGUGGGAAACAAAAACUGAGAAUUGAGCCUAACAGAAAACAAACUUAGUGUGAAAAUCAACAAAAUUAGCUUUUUAAACCUUUUUAGUAUUUAAUUUUCACACUGGAAGAUCAUUGUAGGUACAAUCCUCAGAUUAGCUGUUAGCUUUAGCUUCCUGGACCAGCUCAACAAGGAGAAAACAAAAGAGACAUAAAAUAUUACCUGCUUAUACCUGGUCUGGAGAACCCCAGAUCUGUAUUGUUGACCUCGUUAGCGACUCUAUGCAACCGUUUCCUGUUAGUGAGUCUGAUCUAGUUCUUAAUUUCUGGAAUAUUAUGAUUUGAAUCUUUGCAGAAAAUUCAUCUUUAAAAAGCCCAGUUAUUGAAUUUGAUUAUGAUCAGACGCAUUAUACAGCAGAGAAUUGAUUAUUUAAACUAAAUCUGUAAUAUGCAAAUACAAACAACAACUGUUAGCUGCUGAACAAUUCAAGAUGGUCGUCAAGGACAAUUUAUGCUGGGACUAAAUCUCAUCAGACAUUAAUACUGUCAAAUACUACAUAAUUCAAUCCAUAGAAAUCAUAUUUACUGAUAUUUUUAUUAUUCAAUAUGGCCACCAUGGUUACCAUAGUAAUUUUUUUCACAAAUAUCAGCAGUUAAGUCAUAGCCUACAUAAAUAUUUUCUUGAUCUUGUUUCUGGAGGACAUUUCUCAAAAUGGUCAUCAUGGAGAAUAUGUGUUGCAGUAAUUACUGGUAUUUGUCAUCACAGCUAACCAAAAGUUAGCUUCACUAACCAAUAAUAUGCCAAACAAGAAUGGUAUCUCUGUUAAUGCUAAACCAUCAAGCACAUAAAAAAUAUUAGCAGAAACUAAUGCUACACACAGAAAAAAUUAGCUCUGCUAGCGCUAAACAACUAAAGACUUAGAAAUACCUAGCAGAAGCUAAUGCUAGCCAUUGAACCGACUGUCUCAUAUCUUCUCCUUCCAGUUGACCAGUGUGAGACUCGCUAACAGCAAAGUCCUCAGUUUGUGAUUUUUACGUAUUAUUAUUUUAAAGUUGUAUAAAUAUGACGACCAAAACAUCUGAUGUGAUAUAAAGUUCAUGGGGAAUAUUUUGUGUCAAUAAUUGAUUUAAAAGACUCAAAAACAGCGGCCAUCUUGAACAAUGUCUGCCUGAAAUUGAAGUGGCUGAUGGGAAAUAUGGAAACACCUGAGAGGCUAGCAUGCUAAUUUUUGAGACUGUGUCCAAACUAUAAAGAUUUCUUCAGUAAUAAUCUGCUCAGGUUUACUGUUCUGAAGCGAACACACGACUCCGUUACGCUAUCCGCGCCUGCGGCAGGGUUACCAUGGCAACCGUUAGUAACGGCUCUGUGGGGGGCGGGAACCUCGUUUCACUCUGACCGUUCUGGGUUGGUGUGUGGAAGACGACGGAGUCCAUGUCCUUCAUUUCCUGUCUGAAGGAGCUUCACUUCCUGUUCGGUUAUUAUGUCCUGGUGGUGCCGACACACACACACACACACACACACACACACACACGGCCCCCAACAGGAGAACCUCGGUCGCUUUGCUUUGUCUCCACGUUUCUAAUGAAUCCUCAAAUUCACUCGACUGUUGGAUGUAUUUUUAUAAUAAAUGUUGAUUUUUAUUAAAUUAC